GGGCCACGCGCCUGGCCUCCUUCACCCUCCCUGGUGCCCCUCUCUAGGCGGGGGCCUCCCGGGCCUGGGUCCCGCCGGUCUUUCCUCCCCGCCCGGGGUCUGCGCCCGCCGCCCCACCGUAGGUCCGUAGCAGGUGGUCGAAGUCGGGCCUGCCCGCGGGCGUCACCCAGCGCCGCCGGCUGCCCCAGCCCUGCGUGAAGGCGCUGGAGAACACGCAGGGCAGGUUGGGCAGCAAGAAGCCCCGCACAAAGUCGGCGUAGGAGAAGGCGCCCGGCUCCGAGACGAAGGCUACCCGGCCCGGAGCGUGGCCGCCGCCGGGGACAUCGCCUCCCAGGCCUCGGAAGUGGCGGUCGGCGAGGGCGCGCGUCUCGCGGUCCAUCCAGCUCGGCACGGGUCGAAGAACCCUCCUCCUCACUUCCGCCGGAGCGGAAACGGUGAGGACCACCCUCGGAACCAGAAGACACCGGGCGCCGCGUUUCCGCCCCACCAGCGCCUGGGGCUCCGGCCCUGCACGCACGCGCGCGGCUCGCCGCGGUCUUCACUGCGCAGGCGCCGAGCGGCCGAGGCGCCGCAGUAGGCUCUGGGGCGCGUCUGGCGUCCCUCAGAGGCAGAAGAGGCCUGGACCUUGGCGCAGACAGACCCAGGAACAGAUGAGCAGGGACGUCUGCAUCCACACCUGGCCGUGCACCUACUACCUGGAGCCCAAGAGGCGAUGGGUUACUGGACAACUGUCCUUAACGUCGCUGUCGCUCAGGUUCAUGACUGACAGCACUGGAGAGAUUCUGGUCAGCUUCCCCCUCUCCAGCAUAGUUGAGAUCAAGAAGGAGGCUUCGCAUUUUAUCUUCAGCUCCAUCACCAUCCUGGAGAAGGGCCAUGCCAAGCACUGGUUCAGCUCCCUGCGGCCAAGUCGAAAUGUGGUCUUCAGCAUCAUCGAGCAUUUCUGGAGGGAGCUGCUGCUGUCUCAGCCUGGAGCCGUGGCAGACGCAUCCGUCCCAAGGACCCGGGGCGAGGAGCUGACGGGACUCAUGGCCGGAUCCCAGAAACGCCUGGAGGACACGGCGAGGGUCCUGCACCACCAGGGCCAGCAGCUGGACAGCGUCAUGAGAGGCCUGGACAAGAUGGAGUCAGACCUGGAGGUGGCAGACAGAUUGCUGACAGAACUGGAAUCUCCUGCUUGGUGGCCCUUUAGCUCCAAGCUUUGGAAGACACCACUGGAAACAAAGCCCAGGGAAGAUGUCUCCAUGACCAGUUGUGAACCCUUUGGGAAAGAAGGGAUACUGAUAAAAAUUCCUGCCAUUAUUUCCCACAGAACAGAGUCUCACGUUAAACCAGGGAGGCUCACCGUCCUUGUAUCUGGGUUGGAAAUACAUGACUCCAGUUCUUUGCUCAUGCACAGAUUUGAAAGAGAAGACGUGGAUGACAUCAAGGUCCACUCACCUUAUGAAAUUAGCAUCCGCCAGCGGUUUAUUGGAAAGCCAGACAUGGCCUAUCGUUUGAUAUCUGCCAAGAUGCCAGAGGUUAUCCCCAUUUUAGAAGUGCAGUUCAGCAAGAAGAUGGAGCUGUUAGAAGAUGCAUUGGUGCUCAAAAGCGCAAGAACCUCUUCCCCCGCAGAGAAGAGCUGCUCAGUCUGGCAUGCAGCAUCUGGGCUGAUGGGCUGUACCCUGCACCGUGAGCCACCCUCAGGAGACCAGGAAGGCACGGCACUGCACCUGCAGACAAGCCUGCCAGCCCUUUCCGAGGCGGAUACCCAGGAACUAACCCAGAUCCUGAGGAGGAUGAAGGGGCUGGCCCUGGAGGCCGAGAGCGAGCUGGAGAGACAAGACGAAGCCCUGGAUGGCGUCGCAGCGGCUGUGGACAGGGCAACCUUGACCAUCGACAAGCACAACAGGCGGAUGAAGAGGCUGACCUAGGGGCAGAGCGUCCCUGCAUUCCUGUUUCGCCCUGCACAUCCCCCUGAGACGGAGGGCUGGGAGGCAGUGCCAGGGCUGCAGAGGCCUAUGGCCCUCUGGGGUGGUCUUCCUCUGGAUGGGGCUGCUACUGUGGGGCCGCCUCCACACUAGGGGCCUCCCCAGGUGUGCACCAUGCCUGCCCCCAACUCGGCUGUCCCUGUUGCUGGGCAGGACCCAGCCACAUGUUCUGCAGAUGCCACAGAAGUGUGGACCAUGGUGGGACCCCAAGGACACUUGGCACAGGCCUGGAAGAGGCCGCCCUCGUCUUGUCUCAGCUCCCUUUCAUGGACAGACCGGCAUUCUUAGCUGUACUAUGAAUCUGUGAGUGAAGUUAGAGCCCAGCUCACUGAACCAGCUCACUUUGAGGGCAUCCUAUAAACACCCAGCUAUUCUUUUAUCGUCUCGGUUUUAGCCAAAAGUGAAAUUAGCAUGACUGCACCUUUCAAACAAAAAUAUUGAUUUCUGCUUUUAUGGCCCCAUUUCCAUCCAGAAAUAAAGGGAAAUGCUGGCUUUA